AUAUAAGAUCCGUUUCAGUUGCAGCUCAUUGAAUAGUUGCAUUUUGUGUUUUUCCGAGGAAUUUAAAAAUCCGCAAAUAUGUUGGUGAAAUGCACUUGGCUUUUGAUGUUGGUCCUGUCAGUGAUGGCGGGAGCCUUUGCCAGCAGCUGUCCCUCGGGCUUCAAUGCUGAGAACAAUCGGUGUGUCCAGGAUCGUCCCAUCCAUGGAACCUGUCCCCCCGGCUCAUCAUAUGCCCUUAGCAUCAACAAGUGUGUCCAUGCGUGAGGUUGUCAUCGAAAUGAAUUUAUAAUUUGAAUGUAAAAAAUAUAAAAAAUAAAAAUUAAUACAGCUGCAAAA